UCAAGGAGGAGCCGCCGAGCCCCACGCGCAGCCCCCGGAUCGAGGAGCCGAGUCCUGGGAAUCCUCCCACGGCAGAAACUCCUCUGUCCCCGUCCACCUUCAUCGACUCCAUCCUGCGGGACAGCGAUCCCGGCGCGCCCGGCGACGGCUCCGCGCAGCCCCAUUCCCAGGAAAAGUGCCUCAGCGUCGCCUGCCUCGACAAGAAUGAACUCAACGACCACCUGGACACCAUCGACUCCAACCUGGACAACCUCCAGACGAUGCUGACCACGCACGGAUUCAGCAUGGACAGUGCCCUGCUGGACCUCUUCAGCCCUUCCAUGACGGUUACGGACAUGAACCUUCCCGACCUGGACAGCAGCUUGGCCAGCAUCCAGGACCUCCUCUCCUCCCAGGAGCAGCAGAAGCCGUCGGAGACGGAAGCCAGCACGGCAGACACAGGGAAGCAGCUGGUGCACUACACGGCCCAGCCCCUGUUCCUGGUGGAUUCCAGCGCCGUGGACGUGGGCACUGGGGACCUUCCCAUCUUCUUCGAGCUGGGAGAAGGUCCUUACUUCACGGACGGCGACGCGGAGUACGCGGAGGAUCCCACCGUGUCCCUCCUGGCCGGGACUGAGCAGCCCAAGCCCAAGGACCCUGCCAUCUCCUAA